GGCAGGUUGUGGGGACGCGCAGGGUUUUGACAAAAACAAACGGCGACGGCGUCGCAGUAGGGUCUAUGGCCGAGGCGGUAAGGCCCCCGCGCCGGGCCAAGGCCAAGGCCAGCCGGACUAAAACCAAGGAAAAGAAAAAAUCUGAACCCUUUCAGAGGGAAGAAUCUGAUGAAGUCUCCCUUCUGAAAACCUCCAGAGAGCUGGAAAUCCCUGCUCCAGCUUGUGAAUUCAGAGGAGACUGUCCGCAGGCGUUAGCUGAUUCUCAGCUUCAGAAUGCUCCCAGUGGACCCAACGAGAGUGAAAUGUUUGAUGUACCACUUACCUCCUUAACUAUAAGCAGCGAAGGGUCCCUGGCAUGGAACACAGAGGCCCCAAAGGAAGGGGAGGAGGUCAGAGCCUGUGUGGGGGACGAUGCAGUGAAGCUAAAGGUUGACCCUGGAGACAAUACUGGAACCAAAGUAGAAACCCCCAAGAACUUUACAGAAGCGGAGGGAAGUAAAUUGAUACAAGGUGGGCCUUCUGAAAGCACCUUGCCACCUGAUAUUUUUCAUACUCAGCAGGAAAUGGAAAAUUUGCAGGUCAGAGAAACUCCAAAAAAGAAAGAAGACAGACAAGCCUUGGGUCAUUCUCCAGAGGUGCUACAAAACGUUGGCUUGCAGAGUUCUUGUGAGGCCAAAGACAUUUUUCAGCCACCGAGAGUGAAAACACUGUAUCCCCAGCUGCCAGUGGAAAUUGCUGGAGCAGUACCAGCCUUGGUGGGCGUGAAACCCUUGUUCCGCAGUGAGCGGCUCUACCCCGAGCUCCCCUCUCAACCAGAACUGGUACCAUUCACGAAAGAACAGCUAAAAAUCUUUGAGCCUGGCUCGUGGCUGGAAAAUGUGGAGUCUUAUUUAGAAGAGUUUGACAGCAUGGCUCAUCAGGACAGGCACGAAUUUUACGAGCUGCUGUUGAACUACUCACGCUGUAGGAAGCAGCUGCUGCUGGCUGAAGCUGGGCUGCUUGCCCUGACGUCUGAUUGCCAAAAUGCGAAAAGUCGACUGUGGCACUUUAAGGAGGAGCAGUUGUCUGUGCAGGGAAUCUGUGCGGAUCAAGUGAAAGUUUCAGGCUAUCAUCGCUACCAAAGAGUAGAGAUGAAUGAAAAUGCCCUGGGGGAGCUAAAGAAGCUAUUUGAUGCCAAGUCUGAGCACCUCCACCAGACCCUCGCUCUGCAUUCGUAUACCUCUGUGCUCUCAAAGUUGCAAGUGGAGUCUUACAUUUAUGCCUUACUCAAUAGUUCAGCUGUUCUGAGGUCUUUAGCAGUUCAAGGCCGAGCUUGUAAACAGACUGAAAGCUUUCCCUCUGAUCUGUGUCAACUAAAGGAGUGCAUUAGUGUCUUAUUCAUGUUCACCAGGAGGGUUAAUGAAGAUUCUCAGUUUCAUGACGAUAUUCUUCUCUGGCUGCAGAAGUUGGUAUCAGUGUUACAAAGAGUUGGCUGUCCUGGCGAUCACUUCUUCCUUUUAAAUCAUAUUCUUCGAUGCCCAGCUGGUGUUAGUAAAUGGGCUGUUCCUUUCAUCCAGAUCAAAGUGUUGAAUAACCCAUCAGGGGUCUUUCAUUUUAUGCAGUCCCUUGCCCUGCUAAUGUCGCCUGUCAAAAAUCGAGCAGAGUUCCUGUGGCACAUGAAGCCCAGUGAGCAGAAGCCGUCCUCCGCGGGGCCUGCAUCUGGGACAUGGACGCUGGUCGACGAGGGAGGAGAGGAGGAUGAAGACCCUGAGACCAGUUGGCUUCUCCUUAACGAAGAUGACUUGGUUAUCCUUUUGUCACAGUUUCCGUUUCAUGAGCUCUUUCAGCAUCUUCUUGGGUUUAAAGCAAAAGGUGAUUAUUUGCCUGAAACAACAAGACCUCAAGAGAUGAUGAAAAUGUUUGCCUUUGCUAACUCACUAGUGGAGCUUCUAGCUGUGGGAUUAGAAACCUUCAACAGAGCACGCUACAGGCAGUUCGUGAAACGAAUUGGUUAUAUGAUCAGGAUGACCCUUGGUUAUGUGAGUGACCAUUGGGCACAGUUUGUGAGCCACAACCAAGGCUUGGGUUUGGCCCAGCAGCCCUACUCCAUGGAGAAACUACAGGUUGAAUUUGAUGAGCUAUUUUUGAGAGCUGUCCUACAUGUGCUGAAAGCCAAAAGACUUGGCAUUUGGCUGUUUAUGUCAGAGAUGCCCUUCGGGACGCUGUCCGUGCAGAUGCUCUGGAAGCUCUUCUACCUCAUGCGCCAGGUGGAGAGCGGGAACCUGGAGCGGCUCUGCGUCAGUCUCCCGCCUGCCGAGUGCAAGAGGCAGCUCCAAGAUCCAGAGCACUUUGUGAACUUUGAGAAGUGUCUUUCUUCCAUGAAUAGCUCGGAAGAGAUUUGUCUUCUGACAACAUUUGCGCAGAUGGCUCAGGCCAGAAGAACCAAUGUGGAUGAAGACUUCAUAAAAAUUAUUGUUCUGGAGAUAUAUGAGGUAUCUUAUGUCACCCUAUCCACCAGAGAGACUUUUUCAAAGGUUGGUCGAGAGCUCUUAGGGGCCAUCACAGCUGCUCACCCAGAGAUAAUUUCUAUCCUGUUGGAUAGAGUUCAAGACACCAUUGACCAGGUUGGAAUGGUUUCUUUAUACUUGUUUAAAGAACUACCUUUGUAUCUCUGGCGACCUUCUGCCUCUGAGAUAGCGGUGAUUCGGGACUGGUUAUUGAAUUAUAACCUGACAAUGGUGAAGAAUAAGUUGGCCUGUGUUAUUCUAGAAGGACUGAACUGGGGAUUUGGUGAACAGGGUACCCUUCAUCUGGAUCAAGCCAUCCAUGCUGAAGUGGCUUUGAUGAUUCUUGAAGCGUACCAGAAGUACCUUGCGCAGAAGCCGUAUGCCGGGCUUCUUUCUGAAAGUAUGAAGCAGGUUUCAUAUUUGGCCAGUAUUGUUCGAUAUGGAGAGACACCUGAGACCUCAUUUAACCAGUGGGCCUGGAACUUGAUCUUGAGGUUAAAACUGCACAAAAAUGAUUAUGGAAUACAGCAGAAUUGUCCAACUGUUCCCUUCUCCGGCACUGUGCCUGACAUGACAGAGUCACCCACGCUUCAUCCUCUCUUGAAGGCUGUUAAGGCGGGCCUGCCCAUCGGCUGUUAUCUGGCCUUGGCUGUGACGUCUGUGGGCCACAGCAUCGAGAAGUUCUGUGCAGAAGGCCUCCCCCUGUUGGGAAUCCUGGUCCAGUCGAGGCAUUUGCGUCCAGUGGUUCACGUGCUGGAUAAGAUCCUGCCUUUGUUCUACCCUUGCCAGUAUUACCUCCUGAAGAACGAGCAGUUUCUGUCACACCUCCUUCUGUUCCUACACUUGGACAGCGGAGUCCCUCAGGGUGUCACACAGCAGGUCACCCACAAGGUGGCACAGCACCUGACAGGAACCAGCUACGGGGACAACGUGAAGCUUCUCAACAGCAUGAUCCAGGCCCACAUAUCUGUAAGCACCCAGCCCAACCAAGUGGGCCCCGUUGCUGUGCUGGAGUUCUGGGUUCAGACUCUAAUAAGCCAGCAUCUUUGGUACCGAGAACAACCCAUCCUCUUCCUCAUGGACCACUUGUGUAAAACAGCUUUCCAGCUCAUGCAGGAAGACUGCGUGCAGAAGUUGCUCUAUCAGCAGCAUAAGAAUGCGUUGGGUUACCACUGUGACCGGAGUCUGCUCUCUUCUUUGGUGAGCUGGAUCGUGGCUGGCAACAUCACUCCUUCUUUCGUGGAGGGCUUGGCCACGCCCACUCAGGUCUGGUUCGCCUGGACGGUACUGAACAUGGAAUCCAUCUUUGAAGAAGACUCCCAGCUCCGAAGGGUUGUUGAAGGGGAAUUGGUUAUAAACACUGCUUGUACCCCUGACCAAGCUCUGAAGAAAGCCCAGGCCCAGCUGAAGCUCCCCAUCGUCCCGUCCCUCCAGAGGCUGCUGAUUUACCGCUGGGCCCACCAGGCCCUUGUCACACCUUCUGAUCACCCUCUUCUGCCUCUCAUCUGGCAGAAAUUCUUCCUCCUGUAUCUUCACCGCCCAGGACCGCAGUAUGGGUUACCCAUUGACGGUUGUAUUGGAAAAAGGUUUUUUCAAAGCCCUGUUCAUACCAAUUUGUUGAAAGAAAUGAAGAGGCGCCUGACUGAGGUGGCCGACUUCCACCACGCUGCGAGCAAGGCCCUGCGCGUUCCAGCAGAGGGCAGUGAAGGGCCGCCUGCCGGCCAGGCUGGGACCCCAGGUUACCUGACUUCCCCGGAGCUGCACACGGAGCUCGUGAGGCUCUUCAAUGUAUAUACUUUAUGGCUAGAAGAUGAGAAUUUUAAAAAAGGAGAUACCUAUAUCCCUUCUCUGCCAAAGCAGUAUGAUGUUCACAGGCUAGCAAAAGUGAUGCAGAACCAGCAGGAUCUGUGGAUGGAGUAUUUGAACAUGGAGCGCAUACGUUAUGAGUUCCAGGAGACCGUUGGUCUGUGGACACAGGCCACACUUGAGUCCCAUUCUCCACCCUGCGGUCUGUCAGUGCAGCUGGACUUCACUGAUCCUUUCUUGGCCAAAGAAAGGGUUUUAAGCAACUUGCGGAAGCACGAGGCCCCCCAGCCUCCCCUUGACCUGCACCCAGUGAGGCCUCCUGUGCCAAUUAUUUCCCCGGCUGUGCUCCUGAGUCCGAAGGACACCACCCAGCUGGUGCACGCAGACCUGACUCUGUUGCAGCAGCAGGCCAGAACUGCUGCUCUUCGAGAAUCUCAGCAGGUUGCCUUGGAUAGUGAGCUGUUGGACACAAUGCCCAAGCAGUAUGUGAAUAGAGAAGAACAGACCACUCUACAUUUGGAGUGUCGAGGCUGUGGCGGUAAGAAAUGCCAGGGAGCGGCAGUUGUAACAGUUCAGUUUGAAGGUAUGCAUAAGAAUGAAGCAGUAAGCCAACAGCUUCAUGUUUUGCGAAAAGAAGUGAAGCAGUUGCAAGCAGAAGCUGCUAAACCACCAUCACUUAAUGUUGUGGAAGCUGCUGUUCACGCGGAAAACUUGAUUACGGCCCUCGUGAAUGCCUACAAGUUGCAGCCUACCCCUGGGGUUCAGAAGGUUGGCAUUAGCCUCUUCUUUACUGUUGUGGAUUAUGUCAGUGAUGAGACUCAGCGCCAUCCUCCCACAAGGCAAUUCUUCACUUCAUGCAUUGAGAUCUUGGGACAGGUGUUUAUCAGUGGCACUCAAUCAGAAUGCAGGAAAGUACUUGAGACCAUUCUGAAGAACAGAAGGCUGUGCUCUCUGCUGUCCCCUUUCUUCACCCCCAAUGCUGCACCUGCGGAGUUCAUUCAGCUCUACGGGAAAGUGGUGAAGUUUCUAAGUGAAGACAACAGUGAUAUGAUUUUCAUGCUGCUGACCAAGUUCGAUCUUAAGCAAUGGUUAAACGCCACUAAACCUCCUCUGUCUGAUCGUACCAGGCUUCUGGAGUCCAUUCACUUGGCACUUACUGCCUGGGGCCUUGAACCAGACGAAGAUAUUUUGAUGCCAUUUAAUCUUUUCUGUAAGCACUGGACUUACCUUCUUCUCUACCAGUUCCCUGACCAGUACAGUGACAUUCUCAGGCUGCUGAUGCAAAGCUCCGCGGAGCAGCUGCUGAGCCCUGAGUGUUGGAAAGCCACUCUGAGAGCCCUGGGCUGCUGUGCCCCAAACUGGCAGCAGGGGGCAGCUUCUGCUGAGAGCUCGGUGCUUCAAAGCUCUCCGGAUGUUCUCUUGUCUGACAAGCAGGUAAUGGAGACGAUACAGUGGCUCUCAAAUUUUUUUCAUAAGCUUCGAUUAUCCACGUUGGACUUUAAAAGCUUUGGUUUAUUCUCAAAAUGGAGCCCUUACAUGGCUGAUCUGAAGACACUCUUGGGUUAUCUUGUAAAGAGGCUGCUUGACUCAGAAAUGGCCUGUUUGGCUCAAGACCCAUCUGCCAGCAGCAAAACAGUGCUGAGAUCCCUACAUUCGGUAAUCAUCCAGCUCUUUAAGCCAUGGAUCUUGGUUUUAGAGGACAAUGAAAGCAGCCAGCGACAUUACCCCUGGCUGGAGAGCGAUGCCGCGGUGGCCUUGAGCAUCGUGCAGCUGUUCGCGGACUGCGUGGAUUCGCUGCACGAGAGUUUCAAAGAGAAGCUGUCGCCCGGUGACGAAGGGGCCCUCAGUUUACACCUGCUGCACUACUGUGAAGCGUGCACGGCGCCCAGAAUGCCGGAGUUCAUUCUGUAUGCCUUCCAUAGCACCUACCGGAAGCUCCCGUGGAGGGACCUGCACCCUGACCAGAUGCUCAUGGAGGCCUUCUUCAGAGUGGAACGAGGAAGCCCUAAGAGCUGCUUCUUAUUUUUGGGGUCUGUCCUGUGCGAAGUUAACUGGGUUAGUGUGCUCUCUGACGCCUGGAGCCCCAGUCCGCGCCCAGAGACGCGGAGCAUGAUUGUCUGCCUCCUUUUCAUGAUGGUUUUGUUGGCCAAGGAAGACCAGCUGGUAGACCAGGCGGAUUCGCCUCUGCUGAAUCUCCUUGGACAGACAAGCUCACUUUCAUGGCAUCUCGUGGACCUUGUGUCGUAUCAGAGCGUGCUGGCUUAUUUCAGCAGCCAUUACCAGCCCUCCGUCAUCCUGGCAAAGGAAGCUUCGGCUGGAUUAGUCAUGAAGCUCCUGAGAGUGUCUGCAGGCCUUUCUCUUCCUGCUGACAGCCAGAAACAUCUCGAUGCAGUUCCAAAAUGCCGAGCCUUCACUCAUCAGAUGGUUCAGUUCCUCAGCUCCCUGGAACAAAAUGGAAAAAUCACCUUAGCCGUCCUAGAAAUGGAGAUGUCUAAGCUCUUAGAUGAUAUCAUCGCCUUUAACCCACCUGACAUGGACAGCCAGACCCGCCACAUGGCGCUCAGCAGCCUCUUUAUGGAAGUCCUGAUGAUGAUGAACAAUGCAACUAUUCCAACGGCAGAGUUCCUCCGGGGCAGUGUCCGCUCCUGGAUUGGGCAGAAAGUGCACGGGCUGGGGGUCCUGCCUCUCUUAACAGCGGCCUGUCAGAGCCUGGCUUCUGUCCGCCACAUGGCUGAGACGACGGAAGCCUGCAUCACUGCCUACUUCAGCGAAGGCUCCCCCAAUCAGAAUUUAGGAUGGGGCCCCAUUCUGGUGUCCCUUCAAGUUCCGGAGCUCACCAUAGAAGAAUUUCUGCAGGAGUGCCUGUCCCUCGGCAGCUAUCUGACUCUCUAUGUCUACUUGCUUCAGUGUUUAAACAGCGAACAGACACUAAGGAACGAAAUGAAAGUGCUGCUUACCCUGAGCAGGUGGUUGGAGCAGGUGUACCCCGGCUCCGUGCAGGAAGAGGCCAAGCUGUUUUUAUGGUGGCACCAAGUCCUACAGCUGUCCCUGAUUCAGACGGAGCAGAAUGACUCGGUCCUGAUAGAAUCUGUCAUUCGAAUUCUGCUCAUGCUUCAGAGCAGACAGAGCCUGCUGGCCGAGGAGAGGCUCAGCUCUGGCAUUCUGGGGGCAAUCGGGCUGGGCCGGAAGUCGCCCCUGUCUAACCGGUUCCGAGUGGUCGCCCGAGGCAUGGCCGCCUUCCUUUCAGUUCAGGUUCCUUCCCAGGAUCAGAUCCGUUUGAAGCCUGGCUCUGAGUUAUAUCUGACUCCAAAAGCGCAGCAGGCUCUGAAUGCUCUUGAAUCCUUGACAUCAAGUAAGCAGUAUGUUGAAUACCAGGAUCAGAUUUCACAAGCUGCACAAUUUAUAAAGCAUCCUGGCCAUUGCCUCCAAGAUGGGAAAAGCUUCCUGGCUCUUCUUGUUAACUGUCUCUACCCAGAAGUGCAUUAUUUGGACAACAUACGAUAGUAACAUCGAGUCUCUCAAAAACCCCCCAUUGCCGUUUAUGUUUACAUUUAACUUUGUUGUUGCACAAGUAACUUUGCUCAGUGUCACCGCAGAGCUGUGUGGCCAGUGAGUUAAGUCCAGGCACUAGAUAAUUCUGCAUGUGUGUGUGUGUAUGUGUGUGUGUGGGUUUUCUUAGUUCUUGAAACUUCCCAGGACCUUUGUAGUUUAUGUUCACCCCACUGGAGAAACUGAGUCCCACUUGAGCACAGAGCCAUUCAGCUGCUGGAUCCCAGUCACCUCACAGGACCCCCCCCUGCCCCCCACAGGGCUCUGUUGUAUGUCUCCAUUUUUGUCUUCCCUGUUUUAUGUAAAUCCCAAGACUGCUGUGUCAGAUCUAACUGCUUUGGGAAUCAUGUAGAGCCCUCACUUUUGAACCUCAUUUGUAUUCUUCCAAAGUAAAACAGGCUUUGACAAUUUCUCCAUUUCUCAAAUGUGGGGAAAUACACCAGCUUCAAAGUAUUAUUUCCCUCAAAAUGGAGAUAAAGAACCCUGAAUUAACAUGAGGCAAUGUCUAAAGUGUGGCCACUUGGUCCUUGAUUGUGGUGGACGGCAGAGGUGGUGACAAGUCCAUUCCCAUCCAGCUGUGGUCCUCUUGAGGAAGGAGGCGUCCGUGUAAACUGAGGGGGUGCACAGGCGGUGUGUGAUGAGCAGACUGUGUGCAGACGUGUUUGUUCUGAUCCUGUGGUGGGAGUGCGGCCUACGCCCGCCCCUUCCUGCCUUCACAGCGCUUCGUCAGCCCCUGUACACUUUACAGUUUGCACCUCUUGGUAGGCACCAGGUUUGAAACCUGAAGGCUUUGCUGUCUAGAGAGAGAGUCUGAGAACUUGGUGCUCUGUAUUCUGCUUGUUUCUUCAUUUCACAUUUAAGCUCAAAUGAAUUUAGACCCUGGUCCAUGGAAACUUGACUUUUCCUGUCGCCAUGUGCCUUCUGUUGUUGUUACCCAUUCACUCACUACCGGAGCCUGUCUGCUGCCUUGUCCCGUGCUUCUUGCUCUUGUCAUCUCUGCCCCCGGCAUGAGCAGUUUGACUUCUGCCUUCUUGACUGGAAAUUGAUUUUGUGGGUUCAGCUCACAGAAUAUGUCUUCUGUUCAUGGGUUACUUAUAACCCAAGGAUAUUUACCUGACAGUGUCCGAACUGAGAGCCCUUAGCAGGGGGGAUCAGGGUGAAGGUUAACGGAGUGAUGACGUCUCUUCAGAUCUCCUCUGAGGGUGCUCCCCGCAACGUUUGGAAGUGCGCCGGAGCCUGUUCUUCGUUUCGAAUGUCUUUAGCUGCACAGAACCCAUCUGCCGCGUAGAUUGAGAUGAUCCCUGUCCAGCCUCCAGUGUUGUGGGCUGCCAAGCGUCCCUCUCAGAGGCACGUACCAGAGCUCUCCUUGGUUUUGCUUCUCUCCAUUUGCAAAAGCAGUCAGCCUCCCCGUGCUAUGUAAGAAAAUGUUAGAAGCUGCAGGCAGUUCAGUGGCUGAUUUGGCAACAAAGAUUUCAUGACAGGAAGUGUUUUGUGUGCUGUUUUCUGUGGGGAGGCUAUAAUUACUGAUAUCCUAGAAUGUGAAAGUUUUGAGUGACAGUCCGUACAUUUUAAGGAAAAUUAUGAUUCAUCUUUCAAUUUUCAAAGGUUUGUAAUAUUUAUAAUGUAUUUGGUCUGUAAAAAUUACAAAAAAUAAAAUCAGUCUUUGGUUGUAGCUGGCAAGAAUAUGAAUGUUAGGGCUGUUUCAGUUAAAGUUGAUGUAGAAUCUUAUGCCCGAUGUCUUCUGUUUUGACCCUGGAACUUGAUGAUCAGAGCUGGUCGGUGAAAUGCUUCCUCUCUCUAACUCCUUCGUGCUUAACAGCAGAAGCCUCACUUGCCGCCGAGUGUCCUUCCAGUGUCUCUAGGCUUUUAAGAUGCUGAGAUGGUUCAGAAGGCGGGAACCUUGCUGUAGCCUUCUGGGGCAGAAUAGAGCAGCCUGCCCAUUGGCUUUCCGGAAUAAUGAGCCAUUGCUGCCAAAGAGAGUCGGCCUCCGGAGAGUGCGGGGCUGGGUUCCGAGACCUUUACCUGGGGCCCACGUGGCUGCCAGGAUCAAGCCAGACCAAGGCCGCCCAGCGCCGAGCAGCGUUGGAGGCGAGCUAGCACCGACCUUCCCCGCCUUUGCCCGUUGGCCGCACCUCCCUCAGACAGGGACGUCUGGCAACUUCCAGGUCGGUGACAGGCCCCUCCCCUGCGUCUGCACUCAUCUCCCCACAGCACACACAGCGCGAGUACGAGAGGCACACUCGACCUCCCCAUCUCCUGGCUCCUGCACCUGACUGGGGCAGGUGAGCAGGGCAGAAAGCUGGAAGGCACAGCCCGAGGAGGGGAGGUUGUGCUGAUAGAUGUGUCUGCUCAGCCUGAUGGAGGAGCGAGGGCCCACCCGGCAGGAUCCCAGGGCUCCUAGGCCCGCAGAGAUCAUUGUGAUCAGUUUGGGACUCGGUCUCCUCUUCCCCCUGGGGUUGCCCGAGUCCUUCAUUCUGAGGCGGGGCAAGCCUUCCAGAAAAUGAAAACCCCAGAGUGGCUUCACUUCACUCUAACUUAGUACCAGUCCCUCCUUCUCAGUUACUAAAAUCAGCGUGUCCAUGGGGCACAAGGUUGAGUGUUCAGUUCAUGCCCUUUCUUCUUUUUGAAUGAAGGUGAUGCACAGUUUACUAUUGGGUUUUUAAUACGGAGGUUAAUGAUUCCUCUGGAGCAGGAAGCAAAAGCUGUAGAAUCAUGACUUUUAAAAUCUGGUCCCACUUCUCACUCAGCAAGGACCCCCAGCCCUGCCCUUCCAGUCUCCCCGCUGCCUCUUCUCUGCCCUGUCCUUUGGCCAGUAGUCCUGCUGCUUGUGGAUGAGGCCAGGUGGCCACCGGCUUUAUGUUGUGCCAGAACUGGCCUGAUGACAGUGGUCACAGUUCGGCUGUAGCCGGCCAGGCGUGGCUCCUCUGCUACUCCUCCGACCAAUCUCCCGACAUUUCCAGAUCUCGUCCCCCCCCCCCCCCCCACCGACCCCACCGGUCCACCUCUCAGUCUUCACCCUAAAUGCUCAGUGCCUUUAGUUGGUCCUCUUGCCCAUGACGUCUGACAGGGCUGCUCUUUGGGGAAAGUGUCCAAGUUAGCCCAUGUGACUCCAGAAGGGCUGUGUCCAUGGAUAGCAGGGCCAGGACCCAGGGGCACAGACUUGAGGUGGCAGUCACCAAGACAGUAUGCUUCCUUCUGUUUUGUGCCCUUGGCCUGAUCUCUGCCCUGGGCUUUGUCACACCAGUGUGGGCCAAGCUGUGAAGUUCACCCCCCAGGACUCGUGGACGGCAUCAGCUCUCAGCGGCUGUGCCCUGUGGUUCACACAUUCAGUUAGUGGCGGAUUCAAACUCCACACCUGACGUUAGUUGCUGCCAGAGACCAGUCUCCCCGCCCGUCUGCAUGAUAAGCUAGCAGGCGCUCUGCACGUAUCUUUUAAAACUGUCUGCUCUUCAGUUUGGACCAACAUCAUAGCUUAUUUUGAAGUAGUAGCUGAAUUUUUUUCUGCUCAGUUAACUUUUUUUUUUUUUUUGAAGAGUAUCCUCAUACUGAUCUUCCGUUUGAAUCUGGGUUGAGCUGGAUCGAGGUCUUGGCUCACAAGCCAGGCACUCUCACAGACCUUGUUCUGGUCCGUGGUGAGCCCCACACACUCUAGAGCCACCAAGUGUCCUGCAGAAGCUACGGGUGACCCCUCUUCCAGUCUGGAUAAGACUCCUCAUUUCUGAUGACAAUAACUUGAAAAAAAUAAUACUGAACUACUGACCCUGUUUUGGGAUAAUGAAAUUGCUAAGCAAUGAAUGUUGUGUAUUAAAACUUUUAUUUUUUAACGUACAGAUGUAAUAUCUCUCGCUGAGCACUGAAGGUUAGAAUUUAUUUUUCUUUCAGUGGCUUAACAUCACUUACGUGGCAACAAGUACUUCCUGAGUGUGUUGAGCUCUUUCCUUCCCACAUGUCUGGUGUGGCCUUGAACAACCACAUCUUAUCUGAUCAUUAAAUGUGCAAUAUUCCCUUGUCCAUUGUUCCGCAUUUUUCACGCUUGUACAAAGAUUGAGUUUUUAUAUAAUGAGAAAUGGAGAAACGCGAAUGGAUUUAACUCUGCAAAUAAACCCGAAUUAAAAUUUAAUUUA